UCAAGAGGUAACUGAAGUAAAAGUCGGGAAGUUCUAACUUGGCGCAAAAAUGAAUGCUGUAUUCUCAUUGAUUUGUUCCAACUAAAGGCAUCCUCAAUGACAUUCUUUGCAAUCUUUGGACAUUCAAAGAGCGGUCAGCAUGAUUGGUAUAAUUCGCCACUUCACGAGGCGGAUGUUUUCACCGAAAUAUCUGCUCGUCACGAACACUGUUUCCAGCGGGUUGCUGCUGUCUCUCGGUGACGUGUUGCAACAGUGCAACGAGCGGAGAAUCGCCAGAAAGAACGUUUUAUUAAAAGUGAAUGCUGCCUCGGCCACUGGGACUGUCGACCAUAUAGGAAGUGAUAAUGUAGGUACUCCGGUACCUGCUUUUAACUGGACUCGAACAGGUCGCAUGCUGACAAUAGGAAUUCUUUUAGGGCCGUUGAAUCACUACUGGUAUCUAGGACUGGAUAGGUUUCUGCCGGGCAUCAAGGGAAGAACUAUCGCCAAGAAAAUCCUUCUUGAUGAAAUCAUUGCUUCGCCUGUUAUGACAUCAAUAUUUUUUGUGGGUAUGGGUCUACUGGAAGGAAAAACCUGGGCAGAGAGUGUCAACGUUUUGAAGAAGAAAUUUUUAACUGUUUACAUGAUCGAUUGGUGUUUUUGGCCGGCAUGUCAAGCAAUCAACUUUGCCUUUGUGCCCACGCAUCUCAGGGUGGUCUAUGUCAACUGCGUAACUCUGGUGUGGGAUACAUUCUUAUCAUUCGUCAUUCACACAUUCAAAGAACAAUGACGUUGGCAAUGGCUUAGGUUUCAAUUCAAACAUGUAAAUGGAAAAAAUAGUUAUUAUAAUGAAUUUAUAUAGAAGGGAUUUGGUAUUUUUAUAUAGUGUUUGUGAGUAAUGGAUCCGUGUGCUAACAGGUGUUCAACUUAUUUGAAAUAAUAGAGAACACACAACCAAUUUACUCUAGUUGAGGACUAAAAUCGUGUCGGAAUUACGAUUUUUAGGCUGUGGCUCAUGGCUUCCACCGCAUCAUAGGGCAACGGGUGUUUUCAGCGAUCUGUUCGCAGCUUGUGCGAUGGCAGUCAAUUCGUACACGGCCCGCAUCCAAAACUGAAAAGUAAAAGGGAAUCACGUUUCUUCACUCAGAGAGCCUGACCCGGACACUGGUAUAAACUGAAUUGUAUUAAGAACAUUAGAUUCACAAGCCCACAGUACAUAUUCAUGCUCUAGUGACAUUUGGUAAAAUUUAUUGGCGCACCCCCCCCCCC